GGUAGCAAAAGAAUCGUCCUUGCCCAUCAAAUUAACCCCAAAGAUUCUCAAUUUCAUUGAGCCAUUUCCAGAAGCUACUUGAAUGGAUUUGAAUUCCUCGUCUCCUCAAACCAUCCCUAUGGUUUCCACAUUUUCUUCUCCCUUUGACCAAUCUCCGCCGGUCAAGGACCCCAAUUCAGCUUCCACCCGGAAGCCAAUAAGUCUGUGGCCCGGAAUGUACCAUUCUCCGGUGACCACUGCUCUCUGGGAAGCAAGGUCCAAGAUCUUUGAGGGACUCCUCGAUCCACCAAAGGAUGCACCUCCACAAAGCGAGUUGCUCACUAAAACUCCCUCUUAGAGCGGAACCUCAAUUCGUUAUAACUUCUUAUCCGAUCAUAUCUUGAGAAUCCAACAAACCCACAAGGUUUUUUGAUGGAGGUGAGGAGGAAGAUGGAUCUAGUGAGGACCGUGAAUAGCAGGAAGGAGAAAGGAAAGGAGACAGAAAGAAAUAGUUGGGCUAGAU